AUGGCAGUGGCGAAGCCAUACAUUCAGCAAUGCAAAGGCAACAAUGGCCUGGACAAGUUCGUGUUAAAGGAGGCUAGGGGAAGCUCCGUCGAGGUUUAUCUAUAUGGUGGACAUGUUACAUCAUGGAAAAAUGAUCGCGGUGAAGAGCUUCUUUUUCUCAGUAGAAAGUCUUUAUUCGAACCUCCAAAUAGAAUACGGGGCGGCAUUCCUAUAUGUUUUCCACAAGUCGGAGGACUUGAAAACUAUGAAAACCAUGGUUUUGUGAGGAAACUAUUUUGGGCUAUUGAUCAAACUCCACCACCUUUGGAAGAAAGCAGUUAUAGGACUUUUAUUGAUUUAGUUCUUAAGCCACCUGAAGGUUUCUACAAAUAUUGGCCACAGACUUAUGAGUUCCGACUGAGGGUUGCUCUGACACCUAGAGGGGAUCUUAUACUUGUAUCACGCAUAAGAAAUAUCAAUAGAAAUGGAAAGCCAUUUACAUUUACAUUUGCGUUCUAUGCGUACUUCUCUGUUUCUGAUAUUUGUGAAGUGCGGGUUGAGGGGUUGGAGACAUAUUAUUAUCUCGACAAUUUGAAGAAUAAGGAGCGUUUUACAGAUCAGGGAGAUUCUCUUACAUUUGAAUCAGAAAUUGACAGGAGUUACGUUGGUACGCCUAACAAGAUUGCAAUAAUAGAUCAUGAAAAGAGGAGAACUUAUGUUCUGUGGAAAGAGGGAAUGCCAGAUGCGGUUGUUUGGAAUCCUUGGGACAAGAAAGCCAAAGCCAUUGCGGAUUUUGGCGACGAUGAAUACAAGCGUAUGCUGUGCGUGGCGCCGGCUGUAAUUGAGGAACCUCUUAAACUGAAACCAGGCGAAGAAUGGACAGGCAGUCUGGUUAUCUCUUGUGUUCCGUCUAGCUACUGCAGUGGGGAAUUGGAUCCCAAGAAGAUUCUUCAUGGUUGA